AUGACCAAUGCCUCUGGGAUGGACGGUGCGCCGGUGGGUGCGCCGGCAGGGUCUCCGGACGGGACUUAUGACUCGAUCAACAUCCCUGUGAAGGAUGCUGUCAAGUUAUACAAGAAGGCCAUUCUCUGGUCUCUUGCUAUAUCCCUAGGCCCUAUCAUGGAGGGCUACGAUGUUAUUUUACUUGGAAGCUUCUUUGGGCUGGGUGAAUUUGCAGACAAAUAUGGAAGCCCUGGUAUAGGUGGCACGAAAGUGAUCACGGCGGCAUGGCAAUCCGGUAUAAGUUGUGGAGGCUUGGCUGGUUGUAUAAUCGGUCUCACACUUAACAGCAUGCUUGCCGAGCGACUUGGUUAUAAAAACACCCUCAUUGGAUCUUUGGUAUUGAUGUGUGCCUUUAUUUGCGUGACAUUCUUUGCGCAAAAUAUCGAAACUAUCGCAGCGGGUGCGGUUCUCAUCGGAAUUCCUUGGGGCGUAUUUCAAACUCUUCCACUUACCUAUAUCGCCGAAGUCAUCCCCAUCUCUCUCCGCGGCUACAUGACGACCAGCAUCAAUCUCUGUCUCGUAACGGGCCAGUUAAUCGCAGCUGGCGUUAUCCGGGCAUUUUCCACUCGAACUGACCAAUGGUCCUACCGGCUGCCAUUAGGCCUUCAAUGGGCAUGGCCUCUACCUAUCAUUAUUUUCACGAUUUUCGCACCCGAAUCACCAUGGUGGUUGGUACGCCGUGGGCGUGUGGAAGAUGCAAAGAGAUCAAUCCGUCGAUUGACAUCUCCCAACUGUGGCAUUCCAAUUGACAUUGAUCGAGAAAUCUCAAUCAUUCAGGCCACUAAUGAACAGGAAAUAAUUCUGUCAAAUAAUGCCGGAAGUUUGGUAGAUUGCUUUAAGGGAGUCAACAUUCGUCGAACUGAAAUCGUGAUCAUGGCCUGGAUUAUCCAGACUAUUUCUGGUUUUGGUCUCGUGGCGUACGCUGUAGUCUUCUUGGAGCGUGCAGGCAUCAGUCAAACUGAUAGCUUCUCUUUCAAUAUUGGUAUUUUCGGUCUUGGUUGGAUUGGUACAGUUGGUUCUUGGUUCUUCUUGGACUGGAUCGGACGUCGCACUCUCUACCUCGCUGGACUUGCAGGAAUGUUCGCUUGUUUGGUCGUGAUUGGUGCCUUGGGAACUGUAAAUCAAGGAACUGGUGUUAGCUGGGCCAUUGGAUGCCUCCUCCUUGUGCUGGCCUUCAUAUAUGAUAUUACAGUUGGCCCAGUUUGCUUCGCCAUCGUCUCAGAGAUCCCUUCUACUCGCCUGAAGAUCAUGUCUAUGGGACUUGCGCGAAACGCUUACAACUUGUUCUUUAUCAUCACCAAUAUCCUGGUCCCCAAGAUGAUCAGUGCUGAGGCGUGGAAUUGGGGUGCAAAGUCAGGCUUCUUUUGGGCUGGAUCUUGUUUGAUUUUGAUUACUUGGACAUAUUUCCGUCUCCCUGAGACUGCCGGAAGAUCAUUUGCAGAGAUCGAUCUCCUCUUUGAGCAUCAGGUUCCAGCUCGGGACUUUGCGAAAACAGAUACCAGCCAGUUCGAAUUCGAGUUGCAUGACAUUAAGAAAGAGAAUGAUCCUACAGAGGAGCAAGUUGAGCGUGUUUGA